ACUCACACAAAAUACUACCAAGAAAAACCUUUCAAGAAAAGGAGUGGUAGAGUAGUAGAUCUUUAUCAUUGAAGAUGGGAAUGACUAGGAGAGGAUCUCCUUCCCUUUCUGCUGGUUCUAAUCUUUUUCUGAUGAUCAUAAUUUCCAUGUCCAUCUAUGCAGAGACGGGAUCAGCAUGGUGGCCCGAUAUAUGUACUCCUGGUGAUACAUAUGUAGAGAGAAACCAUAUUAAUAUACCUGAAAAGUGCGACAGCUCCGUUUGCAGUGAUUGGUGCAGCAGUGAAUGUGCGAGUAUUGGGAGACCAGUCGCCAAAACGAAUUGUCAACAACCUCCCCCAUAUCUGGAUUGUCAAUGCUGCUGUAAGGCACCCACACCGGCACCCUGCUCUCCACCAUCGCCAUCCCUUCCUCCAUCUCCACCACCACCACCACCCGUUGACGGGAAAUGGCCGGACGGUAGUCUCAAUACGAAUGUAUGUGCAGCUGGACAAGAAUAUGUACAAAUCACACAUGAUAAUAUCAAUGAUUGCUCUCUUAAACCUCAAUGUGAGAACAAAUGUAAGGAAAAAGGCCUUUACAGCGCAGGAUCACAGUGCGUGGGAUCCAGUAGAGACUAUCAGGGGGGUAAUUAUUCUUGGUUCGAGCAAUGCUGUUGUACUAACGUACCCCCACCACCACCUACUUGCUCUUCCUGUGGAAAUUGUUGUCCGGUGGAUAUAGAUAUUCAGAUCUCCGUAAAACAAGGUUCCGGUCAGCCAAGCAAAGUCACACUAUAAUCACCAUCAUCAUCCUAUUCUGCAUCUAAUUAAUAACUAGUACUUAAUUGCAACACCAUGUAGUAUGUUAUUUCCUGCUAGCUGCUCUAAUUAAUAACUACUUAAUUGCAACAUCAUGUAGCAUGUUAUUUCCUGCUAGCUGCACCAAAAAGGAGGAAAACCAUCGAUAAAACCAAAUUCAGGCAGCAUUAGUAGGUAUACCCUCAAAUUUGAGGAGAAUCCAUUGAAAAAAUUCUCAUGAUUAAACAGAGCAAGAUAUUUGAUUUA